CAGACAGUACACGGAUAGAAUGAAGAUCUUUGCCUUUCCUUCCUGGCAGAGCCCCUCGUCUUUGCGGUAUUCUUAACGAAGGACACCAGGAAAUGUGAAGUGAAAAUUUGUUGAGCUUUGAUUGCCAUAUUUCAGCCCUAGAAGCUUUGGGAACUCGUAUGGAAAACGUGCUUGGGUGUUCUGUGGAGGAAACCCAACAUUAGGGUUUGAAAAAACUGUAAUUGGGUGCACAUGGAGAACGACAAAGCUUCUUUACCUGACGAGACGAAUAAACCCUACAAACUGGUGGUGGAAGAUGAAAAGUUGGAAGUUGGAGAGACACAAGGCGAAUUGCCUUGCGAGUCUUUUGAGAAAUUGGGUGAAUCUAAUCCAAGUGCCGGCGGAGAAAGCAACGAAACGGUGCCCCUGGAGGAUAAACCUGUGGAUAUGAUUGAUGGAGAAGAGCGUACUUUGGAUAAACACGCUGUUGUAGGGGGGUUGGAAAACAUUGUGGAGCCUGGCGGUGGAGAGGCAGCGGCAGGGGAGGAAGGUGAUGCCGAAUUGAUUGCUGCCCCAACUGAGGAACCGCCAGUGCUAUUCAAAGCUGAGGAAGAAAUCAAGCCAUAUGAUAAUUAUGUUGUUAUCAACGAUAUGGGUGAUGUGCCCGCGGAAAUGGUCGAUCCUCAGGUACAUACUAAAGAGAGUAAAUUAUCAGUUGACUCACAACUCAAAACGAAAAGCGAGGAAGAUACACAGGGGAAUGUGAUAUUAGCUGAUCCACAAAUCCAAAUGAAGAGUGACGAACAAAAUUCACCGGUGGUUGGCUCACAGCCCCAAAUUCAAAGUGAAGAAGAAAUUUCAGCGGCGGUGGUCGGCUCCAAUCUGGAGGUAAAUGGUAGUGAUAGAAGUGACGAAUCACCUUUUCCGGAGUUGCUAACUAUAGCUAAUUUUGAGAAAGAAUCUGCAACGGUAGUUUGCAGCAAGGUAGAAGUUGACGUUACUGAUGGGAGCAAUGAGCAAGAGUCGACUCAGCGGGAAAUGAAAGCAAGAGAGGAUGCAAUGGAGGUGUUGGACAAUAAAUAUGAGUCUUGUGUAGAUGUAGAGAAUAGUGCAGAGAAAGUGUUGAAUAGUGAUGAAGUAGAUGGUGGGAGGAUUGGUCUUCUGGUAAAGAAAUCAGAAGUUGGGACUGCUGAAGAACCUGCUGGCGCCCAAGAGGAAAAGCCUGAGCCUAUGGCCAUUGACGAGACAUCACUUCCUGAAGGUAAAUCUAAUGCAGUGAUAAUAACUGGGGAAAAUGCAUGUGCUCUUGAUAUCAGCAAACUAGAACAGGUUCAUGAAGAGGUCGAUGUAGAUCUCAAGAUCAGAUGUGAGCAUAGUGAGGAUAAAAAAAUGGCUCCUUUAUUAUCUGGAGCCAAGAUGUUGGAGGAUGAAGGCCCAGAAAAGAGAUUAGAAACUUCCAAGUUAGAUCAACCUGCCGAUAUGCCAGAGAGUUUGGGUUGUGAAUUAGUGAAAGAAGAAGCUCCACCUGUGGAUGCUAAGACAGAAACAAUGUUGGGAGUGGGAGUGGGAUUGGAGUCCACAAAGGAUUUUGUGAUGGAGGAAAAUCUGUUGAGAGAUCCUGAAGUGGAAACUGAAUCAGGAAUCAAGGAGGUAGCUGUUAAAAGCCAAGAGGAGGAUGCCACAACACAGACUGAGAGAAUAACUGGUAACAUUGUAGAUGAGGAUGACAAAAUGGAGCCUGACGAGGCCGCGAGUGAUGUGGAUGAGCCUGGUCAGGAUAUUUAUGAUUCACCUACUGACCUGAAAGAUGAAGAAGUUGCUGGGGAAACCCAAACACAAGACACUGACAUGGAGACUGAAGCAGAAAUGGCUUCAGGAAAAACGCCUGGAGGGAACCGGAAAAGAAAGAAAUUCUCAGAAAAUACAUCAAACUCCAAGAGUACUGCAAAAGCUUCGUCAAGGAAGACAGCGGGUGAUGAUGUUUGUUUCAUUUGCUUUGAUGGCGGGGAACUUGUGCUAUGUGACCGUAGAGGUUGUCCUAAGGCCUAUCAUCCUUCAUGCGUCGAUCGUGAUGAAGCCUUUUUUAGAUCUAAAGGCCGAUGGAACUGUGGUUGGCAUAUUUGUACCAAUUGUCAGAAGAAUGCACGAUAUAUGUGUUAUACAUGCCCUUUCUCCUUGUGCAAGAGUUGCACUAAAGAUAAAGUUAUCCUGUGUGUCCGAGGAAAUAAAGGUUUCUGCGAGACAUGCAUGAAAACUGUUAUGCUUAUUGAGAACAAUGAACAGGGAAACAAUAAGGCUGAGAUUGAUUUUGAUGACAGAAGUAGCUGGGAGUUCCUCUUCAAGGACUACUAUACAGAAUUAAAAGCCAAGUUUUCACUUACAUCAGUUGAAAUUAUAGAAGCUAAAAAUCCAUGGAAAGGAGCUAACACGCCUGCUCCGAACAAACAACAAUUGCAUGAAGCUCACACUGAUGCAAAUGAUGGAAGAUCUGGUUCAGAUAACUCUGUUGAGAAUGCAGAACCCAUCCGACCUAAAAGGAGAAAGAUACGGAAACAACCAAAAUCGCUUAUUAGAGGAGAGGAAUUGGUCAGUCCUCCUGUUGCAGAUGUGGACAAAGCUAUUGUUUUAUCCGGAAACUCUGGUUGGGCAUCGAGAGAGCUACUUGAAUUUGUUUCACACAUGAAAAAUGGUGACACAUCUGUACUCUCUCAAUUUGAUGUACAAGCACUUUUGCUUGAGUAUAUCAAAGGAAACAAACUGCGUGAUCCCCGUCGAAAAAGUCAAAUUAUAUGUGAUGCAAGACUUGAAAAUCUGUUUGGUAAACCUCGUGUUGGACAUUUUGAAAUGUUGAAACUUCUCGAAUCUCAUUUUCUUAUAAGAGAUGAGCAGAAUGAUUCUAUUCAAGGGAGUGUUGUUGAAACUGAAAAUAACCAGUUAGAUAUAGAUGGAAAUGCUGGCCCUCUUACCAAGGGUGUGAAAGAUAAGAAACGUAAAUCACGCAAAAAAAGUGGCAAUCGUGAACCUCAGUCCAAUGUUGAUGAUUAUGCAGCCAUUGACAUGCACAACAUUGGUUUAAUUUACCUGCGAAGAAAGUUGAUGGAGGACUUACUUGAAGAUGCUGAAACAUUUCAUGAUAAAGUUGUUGGAACAUUUGUGCGCAUACGGAUAUCUGGUAGUGCCCAAAAGCAGGACAUGUAUAGAUUAGUGCAAGUUGUAGGUACAAGCAAAAGGAAGGAUCCAUACAAAAUUGGCAAGAAGAUUACUGAUAUCGUGUUGGAAAUACUAAAUCUUGACAAGACUGAGUUAAUAUCUAUUGAUGCAUUUUCAAACCAAGACUUUUCGGAGGAGGAAUGCAAGCGCCUUCGCCAGAGUAUCAGAUGUGGACUUAUCAGUCGACUGACUGUGGGAGAGAUUCUUGACAAGUCCAUGGAACUACAUGCAGCAAGAGUCAAUGAUUGGCUGGAAUCAGAAACUAUGCGGUUAAGCCAUCUCCGAGAUCGAGCCAGUGAUUUAGGACGCCGGAAGGAGCUUAGAGAAUGUGUGGAGAAAUUACAGCUUUUAAAGACCCCUAAAGAACGUCAGCGUAGGCUAGAAGAAAUUCCUGAGAUACACUCAGAUCCAAAGAUGGAUCCCACUUAUGAAUCAGAUGAUGCUGACAGUGAAACUGAGGACAGCAGACAAGAUGCUGUCUUGAGGCCAAGAAGCUCCAGCUUUGACAGGAAAGAUAAGUCUGUUAGAGACUCAUGGAUUGGUGCUUCGAAAACUUCGAGUAAAACAUUGGAACAAAGCAAAACCCUGUCAGGAAGUAGUCAUUCUAUUAAUGCAAGGCAUAUUAAUGAGACAGUAAAUGAAAAUUCUUGGAAUUUGGGAAGAGAAAAGGCAACUACGAAAGAAUUCUUCAAUUCAGAGAAGCUGAGCUCUGCUACAAAUACCAAGUCUACUGAAAGGACCAUGCCCACCACAGUGCGCCCUGAAUCAUUUUCUGGUGUUGCAUCAGAAGCCUCAAUAGCAUCUUCAUCAGCUGGAGCAGGGGAACCUGCAGUCAAAGUAAAUGAAUCAGAAAAGAUGUGGCACUACAAUGAUCCCUCAGGAAAAGUGCAAGGACCAUUUUCUAUGGUGCAGUUGCGUAAAUGGAACAACACUGGUUACUUCCCUGCUGAUCUUAAAAUCUGGAGAAUGACAGAGACACAGGACAACUCCAUACUUCUAGCCGAUGCAUUGGUUGGCAAGUUCCCGAAAACACCACCAGAUGUUGCCAAUAUGAUUUCUGCCAUCAAUACCCUGCAGAGUUCCCAUACCUUAACCGAACUUGCUGUCAAGACCUCAGGCAUAUCCUUGCCCCAAGAAGAUCGGUCAGUUGCUAAUCAUAAGUCUGGAGUCCAUUCAAACUUGUCUGCCGAAACUUGGCGUAGGAAUGAAAUUGCGAGCCUACCUUCUCCUACCCCUGAACAAAAUAGUGCAGGCUUGUCUGGAGCAGAAGGGGACCUUCGUAGAACCAUGCAAGCACCUAGUCCUAGUGUUAAUGGAGGGCUUUCGUCUGCUAUUGUAUCCAAUAUUGCGGCUAUUAUUCAGACUGCUGCCGCUAUUAUUCCAAAACCAAACUCUCAACAGGGAGGUUUGGUGGGUAUUUCUGGUGCUCUCAAUACUCAAUCAAAUACAAAAGUCGAGCCACAUGCCAUAGAGAUGCCUGGAGAUCUCCAGCCAAUUCAGCAUGUGAGUGUUCAGAAUCUUCAAGCCAAUACUCAGGAUAGUACUUCAACUGCACAGGGGCAGCCUCAAGAUUACAACUUGAAUGCCCCAAACAAUCAGAAUUCUGCUGGAAAUUUCUCAAACUCAGUUACUCCACCAGUUGGGCUUCAACCUGAUGCUUGGAGACCAACACAGGGUAAUCAACCAAACAUGAUCCCUCCUGCCACACCUAAUGGACCUUGGGGGAGCAUGGGUAUGGGUCCAAUGGAUGGCAGUAAUUUUGUAGGAGUGAGACCUGAAAAUCCCAAUGUUUCCUGGGGUCCAAUUCAAGCUAUCCCAAACAUGGGAUGGGGAAAUAUGAACAUGAAUUGGGGAGUGGCUAUGCAGGGACCACCUCCUGGAAAUCCAACAGGUUGGGUAGCUCCAGCAGGAAAUACUGUAACUUCUAACAUGCAAGGAAUGGUCCCUGGGAAUACUGCGACUCAAGGUUGGAAUUCUCUGCCUGCUCAAUUGUUCAUGCCAGGUAAUGGAUGGUGCCUGCCUGGUGGGAAUGCCGGGAGUCCUCUGCUUCCUGUGGCUCAGGGUCCUCCUCAAGGUUGGGUUGCACCAACACCACCGGGGAACCAGGGUGGUUCGUGGCAUGCUGAUCAAAACAAUAGAGGUGGUCAGGGUCAAGAUCAAGGUCAGACCCAAGAUCCUGCUGAGUUCGGAAAUGGUGGCCGACCAUGGAAUAGGGGUGGAGGCUCUAGGCAUUUUAACAAGCGGGACACUCUAUGUCCAUACAACACAAAUGGUCGGUGUAGAAAGGGCUCCCGGUGUGACUAUCUUCAUACUUGACUCUAAAUUUGGUAUAACACUGUCUUUGAGAUUUCUGCUCAUGACUGUAAGCCAGCUUCUAUUGUUGCGUUCUUCUCAUUUCAUUUUCACUUCUUUCAUAUGUUAUAAUUUUUCCAUCAAUUAUGAAGCUGUUGAUGCAUAUGUGUAUAUAUGUCGUCUGUAGAAUAAACCUCCCAAACGCUUCGCAGCCACAUUUUCAUUUA